AUGAACAGGUUCAAACUAGAUCUAUGGGGGGUCAAGGUCGACCUUAAGCUUCUAGGCGAUAUCUUCUUCCUUACAGGGGCAGGCCUCUCCAUGUACUAUAUGAUCAGCCAUUUACUAGGAGACUCCCUAGACAGCUCGGUCAAGUCGAAGCAGUCCAAGAAGAACAGUGCUAAUAUUCUCAAGAAGAUCCAGGCAGCCAAUCCAGAGCUCAAGAAAAUCACUCUUAAUGAACACGAGAAGAUGUUGCUCAACUCUUUGGUCACGCCGGACGACAUUUCCACUGGUUUUGAAGAUGUGGGGGGCCUUGAGUCUAUCAUAGAUGAACUUCAUGAGUCUGUGAUUUUACCCUUGACGGAACCAGAGCUUUUCGCUGCACACCUGUCGCUUGUUCUGCUGCCUAAGGGUGUGUUGUUCCAUGGGCCACCAGGAUGUGGUAAGACUAUGUUGGCUAAAGCCAUUGCCAAAGAGAGUGGGGCCUUCUUCCUUCUGAUCAGAAUGUCUACACUUAUGGAUAAGUGGUAUGGUGAGCUGAACAAGAUCGUGGACGCCAUUUUCUCGCUUGCCAACAAGCUACAACCAUGCAUUAUCUUCAUAGACGAGAUCGAUUCGUUCUUGAGGGACAGACAGCUGACGGACCACGAAGUGUCUGCAUUGCUCAAGGCAGAGUUUAUGACACUCUGGGACGGUCUUUUACUGAAUGGUAGAAUCGUGGUGAUGGGCGCUACCAACAGAAUGAACGAUAUUGAUCAAGCCUUCAUGAGAAGAUUACCAAAGCGUUUUGCCGUGGGUAGACCUAACAAAGAACAGAGACGUGCCAUUCUCGAGAAAAUCCUCAAGGAUGCUACCCUUGACGAGUCAUUCAACAUUGACGUGGUCGUGGACAACACCCAUGGAUUUAGUGGUUCUGACUUGCGUGAGAUGUGUAGAGAGGCAGCAUUAAAGUCGAUGAAGGAAUACCUCAAGGAGAACUACAAGAGAGGCGAGAAGAAGAAUACCGAGAAGAAAGUGCGUCCUCUCCUAACCCGGGAUUUCAUUGAAAUCGAUCACGGUUUGGAUUAG